GGCAGUCCAACCCCUGAGGCGGAGACGGAGCUAGCCAAGUUUUUAAGCUCAAGUUUUAGCGACGAAGAAAGUGAUAUGUCUACGUUGUAUUUUUUCACGAAAAUAAGAUGGCGAGUGAGGAAUUAGUUUCAUGUGGCCCCCCCGAAUAACUUUCGCUGGGUCGCCACAGGGAGUUUUAUUAUACAAGGCGGCAGUAAGGACGCUGUUUUAGCUGGUAAGCUAAAGGGCUGAUUAGCUAACGUUAGCUCAGAAAAAUCAAUGCAGCCGGCGGAGAGGAGUCGGGAGCGGUGGGAGACUGAGGACUAGGAACCAAGUUAACCUGCCUAAGGAGUUUUCCUGACCUCCACAGCCACCUCAAACAUUCUUCAAUGGAUUUAUUAUUCAAGCAAGCACUGAAAAAGCCUCCUCCACAACGCACAGCAGAGGACCUGAACAACAUUUACUGUCACCUCUACCACAUGGAUGUCCUGUCUCACCUCAGGGAGCAUCAACUCAGGUCACUGUGCACGACUGCCAGGUAUGAGCGCUAUGAAGCUAACCACGUCCUGUUCUACCCGGAUAACAUUUCCACAUGCUGGUACAUACUGCUGUCAGGAUCCGUCUUCGUUAAGGAGCACAUGUAUUUGGCGCGAUGUUGCUUUGGCAGGCAGCGAGGGGGAAGACGAGGCUGUGAAUGCAUCACUUUGGAACCAUCAGAAAUGAUUGUGGUGGAGAACGCGAGCGAUGGCGAGGACGCAGCUCUGCAGAGAGAUGGCUCUCAGCGGCACUCGCGCCGACGCUUUCACAAAGUCAACCCACAAGGGGAGCGGGAGCUGAUUACGGACGGACAGGACCCGGCCAGCUUACCUACACUUCCUGGGGACCUCAGCAAGAUGCACUUGACAGACCACCCCCAUCAGCAGGUGAUGCACAUGCCGCCCAGCCAGUCAGGAUGCAGCAUCGCGAGCGAUUCAGGAAGUAGCAGCCUGUCUGACAUCUACCAGGCCACAGAGAGUGAAAUGGGUGACAUGGACCUGUCUGGCCUCCCCGAGGCCCCCGUGGACUCAGAAGACGAGGAGGAGGAGGAUGAGGACAUUGAGCGUGCCUCGGACCCUUUGCUGGGCAGGGACUUGGUGCGGGAGUGCCUGGAGAAGGAGCCAGUGGAUCGCAAUGAUGACGACAUCGAGCAGCUCCUGGAGUUCAUGCAUCAGCUGCCUGCCUUUGCCAACAUGACCAUGUUGGUGAGGAGAGAGCUGUGUACAGUUAUGGUGUUCGAGGUGGUGGAGCAGGCUGGUACAAUCAUCUUGCAGGACAAGCAGGAGUUGGACCAGUGGUACGUAAUUUUGAACGGUGCCGUCGAAAUAAGUCACGAAGAUGGUCGGACUGAGAUUCUCUGCAUGGGGAACAGUUUUGGCAUUUCUGCCUCCUUGGACAAGCAGUACAUGAACGGCGAGGUGCGCACCAAAAUGGAUGACUGCCAGUUCGUUUGCAUUGCCCAAGAGGACUACUGGCGCAUCCUUAACCAUGUGGAGAAGAACACACACAAGGUGGAGGAGGAGGGUGAGAUCGUCAUGGUGAAGGAACACCGUGAACUGGACCGCAGCGGCACCCGCAAGGGCCAUAUUGUCAUCAAGGGCACUCCAGAGAGGUUGAUCAUGCACUUAGUGGAGGAGCCUUCCGUGGUGGACCCAACCUACAUUGAAGACUUUCUUCUUACCUACCGCACCUUCCUCUCCAGUCCAAUGGAAGUAGGAAAGAAGCUACUGGAAUGGUUUAAUAUUGACGGCCUCAGAGAUACGGUUACACGGAUAGUGCUGUUAUGGGUGAAUAAUCAUUUUAAUGAUUUUGAAGGAAAUCCUUCUAUGACACAGUUCCUAGAGGACUUUGAGAUAUUGCUAGAUGAAACGAAAAUGAAGGGCCAUUUGCGGUUGCUGAACAUUGCCUGCGCUGCUAAAGCAAAGUGGCGGCAGGUCACCCUGCAAAAGCCCUCCAGAGAGUCACCACUCCAUUUCAGCCUGCAGGGCGGCAGUGAGAGAGGCUUCGGCAUUUUCGUUGAAACUGUGGAGCAGGGCAGCAAAGCUGCAGAGGCCGGUUUGAAGCGUGGAGAUCAGAUAAUGGAGAUCAAUGGUCAGAACUUUGAGAACAUCUCAUACUCCAAAGCCAUGGACAUUCUGAAGAACAACACCCACCUCUCUCUCACUGUAAAGACCAAUAUCUUCGUUUUCAAAGAACUCCAGAGCCGUAUCAGGCACGAGAAGAAGAACGGCGGCCUCCACAUCCCGAAAAUCCAGGAGAAGAAGGGAAACCGCUUCUCCAUCGCUGAACUGCCAGGAGAUUUGGAGUUUCCCUCUGAUAGCAAGAGUCAGAAGAAGAUGAAGGCCAACACUGUUUCGGGUGGCCGCAACAAGAUCCGCAAAAUGUUGGAGAAGACCAGGUUCAGCAUCCUGCCCCCCAAACCCUUCAGUGACGGAGGUGUGGGACAGUCUCAGGAUGACAGCAUUGUGGGCACCAAGCAGUGCAGGCACAGCGUGGCGAUCAUGCCAAUCCCGGGCAGUCUGUCGUCCAGCAGCCCCGAUUUGCUGCAGCCAGCCACAAGUGUGCUUGACUUCGCCAACCCUGCAGCGGCUGGGUUUUACUACAUUCCAGAUCAAGUGAUACGUGUUUUUAAAGCAGACCAGCAGAGCUGCUACAUCAUAAUAAGUAAAGAUACCACAGCCAAAGACGUGGUCUCGCAUGUGGUCAACGAAUUUGGCCUCAUCGCUGCUCCUGAGACCUAUUCGCUAUGCGAGGUGUCCAUCAGUCCAGAAGGUGUCAUUAAACAGCGGCGGUUACCAGACCAGCUCUCCAAACUGGCUGACCGCAUCCAACUCAACGGCAGGUACUACCUGAAGAACAACAUGGAGACAGAGACAUUGUGCUCUGAUGAGGAUGCCCAGGAGCUUCUAAGGGAAAGCCAAAUCAGCCUACUCCAGCUCAGCACCGUGGAAGUUGCAGCCCAACUCUCGAUGCGUGACUUUGGAAUCUUUCGGAACAUUGAGUCCACCGAGUAUGUGGACAACUCUUUUAAGCUGGACCCCAGCAGUGGAACAAGGGGCCACUUGAAGCAGUUUGAGGAGCUCAUCAACCAGGAGACCUUCUGGGUGGCCGCUGAAAUCCUCAGAGAGGCUAACACACUUAAACGGAUGAAGAUCAUUAAGCACUUCAUCAAGAUUGCGCUACACUGCCGCGAAUGCAAAAACUUCAACUCCAUGUUCGCCAUCAUCAGUGGCUUGAACCUUUCCCCAGUGUCCAGGCUACGAAGCACAUGGGAGAAGCUCCCCAGCAAGUAUGAGAAGUUGUUUCGUGACUUGCAGGAUAUUUUUGACCCAUCACGUAACAUGGCCAAAUACCGCAACAUCCUGAGCAGCCAAAGUGUACAGCCACCCAUCAUCCCCCUCUUUCCUGUAGUCAAGAAAGACCUCACAUUCCUGCAUGAAGGAAACGACUCCAUUGUGGAUGGCUUGGUGAACUUUGAGAAGUUACGAAUGAUCGCCAAGGAAAUCCGCAAUGUUGUGCGCAUGACCUCCGCCAACAUGGACCCAGCACUCAUGUUCCGUCAGAGGAAGAAGAGAUGGAAGAGUUUAGGGUCCUUGAGCCAAGGCAGCACCAACUCCAACCUGCUAGAUGUGCAGGGCGGCCAUAAGAAGCGUGUGCGACGCAGCUCAUUGCUCAACGCCAAGAAGCUGUAUGAAGACGCACAGAUGGCCCGAAAGGUGAAGCAGUACCUGGCUCAUCUGCAGGUGGAAACAGAUGAGGAGAAGUUCCAGAUCAUGUCAUUGCAGUGUGAGCCUGCCUAUAGCACCUUAUCUAAGAAUUUGAGUGAAAGGAGGUCGACAAAAUCAGACAUGUCUCCCGUGUCUAUGCGCUCCACCCCUUCCUCCGCCAAGUCGCAGAACCGCGUCUCUCAAGUACUGCAGGUUCCGCCUGUCAGUCUCUACCCACUGCGCAAGAAGAGCAUUGCUAAAGACCUGGCAGCCGCAUACAACUCCAGCUCGCCACAGGUGGUGAAGAAAACAUCUAUCUCAACAGAGGAGUGCAGUGGAAAGAGGACUGAAGAUGCUACAUCCACUGUCUCUUCCCUUCACUCCAGCCCCACAGUGUCUCCACAGGGCUCUCCUCGCAAAGUGAGCACAGCAAAAUCACAAGACUCUGGUCAGCUGAACCUAUCAGGCUCCUCAUCGUCCCUGACCAGUGAGGCCAGUGCCAGGGCUGGAGGGAGCAGCACGGUGGGAGGCGGAGGCCGAAGCUACGGUAUAGCAGGCUAUGCUUUGAUGCCGUCAGGCAGAUCGGACCAGUCAGAUUCGAGCCACAGUGAGAUUUCCUCUCGCUCCAGCAUAGUGAGUAACUGCUCCUCAGUGGACUCCAUGCCUGCAGGCCCUUCAGAAGAGCGAUGUGGGGGCAAAGCCAGCAGCCAGCCUGAGACAUCGCUACACACGCACCCUGCCUCAGACCACUGCCAGCCAUGCACAAGUUCAUCCUUGGUGAGGCACUCGGUGACCAGAGGUUCCACCUUCACUUCUUCCAUCAGCACUGAAGAGCUCACCCCUGACCAUACAUCUGUCUCAGAGGCUGCAGACAGCGGCCGUGGAAGCUGGACCUCUUGCUCCAGCAACUCCCACGACAACUUUCAGAGCCUUCAGGCUCAGAGGGCUUUGGACCUGAUGAACCACAGGCACCCUCCAAUGGGUGGCCCAAUUGCAGAAGUGGAGGCGGGGCCAGCAUGGUCAGAGGACCAGAUGGCCAGCAGAAGGCAUUCUGGGGACAGCUCAGAUAUAAACCACUCCAGACAGAGCUGGGCUUCCUCCAGCUCGCUCUCUGACACUUAUGAGGGAAGCUACGGCACCAUUAAGCGCAAAGCUGCAGAGCACUCGGGUCAAGGAGAGACCGCCAACGGACAGCAAAGCACAGACCCUGCGUACAAAACAGUCACGUCAAGCACAGAGAAAGGACUCAUAGUGUACUGUGUAACCUCGCCCUGCAAGGACGAUAGGUACAGGGCCCCGCCCCCGACUCCUCCCGGCUACCAGGGCCUGGCCUUGGGCGACGAGGGAGGAGCACUGCGGCCGCCACAUUUAAAGCCGCCCGACUAUAGCGUGGCCUUGCAAAGGUCCAAGCUGCUCCAGAGCCCUGGCACCCUGGCCGAUGCGCGAAGACUGGUGGCCGGUCAGCGUGGCUCCCUCGCACGGCCUCCCAGUGUAAUCCUCCAGGCUCUAGCAGAUAGCGAGGAGGAUGAGCAGGUGUCAGCGGUGUGACUUCAGCAGAAUGUAGACAAGGGUCCACAGUGUGAGGACAACUCCAUAAGCUAAAGCCUUUCAUCUAGAGCACACUCCUCGCCACUCCACAGGCAGUGCCACAAAGACUUGUGCAAUCCCAGGCUGCUUUAUUAUGUCUUCUUUUUGUGCCAUGUUGCAGUCAUUUUGAAGCGCUUUUUAACCAUCUUUCACAAAACUGCACACACUAAGACGAGACUCCAUAUAAGAAUCUUUCCAUUUUGUAUGCUGUUCUGUGUGUUUUGUAGUACCUUGCUUUGGACCAAUUGGCAGUUUAUUCCUUUUUUUUGCCAAUGAACAAAGUCUUGCAGAGUUUACAUUUGAAUUUUUUAAUUUCUGAACAUGUGCAAGAGGAAUGAAAACAAUCUUGAAGAUUUGUGAAUGCAUCGCUAAGCGUGUCAAACUUUUUUUGCUCAAGGGUACCUCAACAAGUGCUAAGCUCAAAGUGACUCCAACAAAUGGACAAAUUUCAGAAUUCUUACAUAUCUAACACCUGGUAUUGACCAUCUUGAGGUGAUCUGACAGCGAGAUACAGCUGGAUUUUGCAUGUGUGAUAUGAUCAGAUUUCUUGACUGGAGAAUGGAUGAAUGAGUUCUUGUUUGUGUACAUGUACAAAGCGUUACUAAUGUUUAGACCGCAUGGACUGCUAACGUAACUUCUACACAAAUGCAGGAGACAAAGAAAAGAACUAUGCAGCUGCUCUCUGAUGAUGCAGCUGAUCAGGUGUUCCUUCCCUUGGGACACUUUAGUGUUCAUGCUCCAAAUGUUGUAUGAUCAUAUGUGUCUCUGACCACCCCAAUGUUGGUUUGAUCGGUCAAGAAAUGAGUCAUCGGUGUAUCUGUGAAAUACACUGCGCCCUGUGCACACCUGUACUUAGCACUGUCCACUUAUGAUUAGGCCACUCAGGACGUACAGUACUGUGCGGAAGUCAGUUACCUCGUUUUUAGAGACUUGCUUUCAGUUUUUCAAAGAAGUCCUCGAGAAUAUUUUUCUGGACCUCCAAAGUUUAGUCUUAGAAGUUGGUUGCACUUUCUGCUUCACGCAAUCCAAGACACAUGUGGACAUCUGGACUGGAUGGAGUCCAUUGUUUUUGAGAGCAUCAGUAGCUUCUUUGUUCACAAAUGUGUUGUUCACAAAUUUUAUUUUUGUCCAUUUCCUUUUCUCAGUUAUAGCUUCUUGAAAGCUACACAUUUCUUUCAGGCCCAGAGUCCAUAGCUGUCUUUUCACAGUGGAAGGACGGACAGAAACAUCUGUAGAUUUUUUUCAAGUCUGAAACAUGAGUGGGGCUUAAUUUUCUCCACUCUCUCAAAGAUCAAAACCUUUAAUACUGUUAUUAGGAGUCCCAUUUUCUCUAUAUUUGAAAUUUUUUAUCUCCUGUUUUUACUUGCAUUCCUACGACCUUCCCCUUCCAUAUGCAAUGGGAUAUCGAAGGUCUUUAGAAAUAUCUCCUGAAAAGUAAAUAACUUUUACUUACUGGCUGUUUAAACUGAAAAUAAAGGUCUAGAACUUUUGCACAGUACUGUAUGUUAAUACCAAGUGUGAUAACUGAUGUGUAGCAGUAUUGAUACAUUUCCAGGAGCUUAUAGAAUCUUAUUUCUAUAUUCAGAAACCCCAUGAUUGCUCAGCAUGUGGUCUAGUUCCUGGAUGGAUGUUUACCUAAUGGAAGUAUACAGAGCCAAACAUCAGCCUGUGUUUUGGGGCCAGUUUACUCCUUUCAGAACAUGCAUUCCUUCUCUAAUUUUGUUAGAGAAUUCCUCACUUUGAAUGUGCAUCCUUUCUUUGGAUUUGUAAGAAUGACUUGCCUUUUUUUUUGCCCUUCUUUAGUCUGAAUUGGAGUAAUACAGUAAUAGGAUUGGGCCUUAUUAACACUUGCGGAAACAUCCCAAUCCAGCAAGCAGUAGCAGAACGUCUGGUCUGAGAGUCAAAACGUCUGGAAAAUGUUCAGUUCUCGAGGAAUAUCACUUCUACAGCAUCUCAGGCUAUCGUGCAUGACAUCUCUCAGAUGCUCCAACUGCUUGAUUAUUCAGAGACCAAAACUAUUAGGUACUUAUGUGGCACACUGCUGUCUGUAUGUCCAAUGAACUGUGCUUUAUGAGAGUCGAUGAAGAAAAAGAAAAGCUUAGUUGCUGUAAAAUACCGAACAUUCGCUACAUAAUUGCAGCUGACUGUAAUGGCACUGUAGAAUCGUAAUAGUUAUUAAAAUUAGGCAUGCAUCCAGAUCUAAUGGGCUUAGCUUUUAGACGCUGGACUCGAGUGUGUUUACAGUGUAUCCUUACAAUUUGUUUACAGUGUUGAUUGGAGCUAACUGAUUGGAGCUAUCUGACAGAUAAACUGAACUGCAUUGUUUUACUGUGCCAGGCUGAUGAGUUAUUUUUUAAAGCAAUAAGAUUUCUGUAGACGCAGCAUCUCAAACUGUUAUGUUGCCCACUUUAAUGUACCUCAUGCGCUAUCUCAGCUGUAAAUGAUCAGUUCAGUCUGCCACUUGUUACCGUUGUACAUAAUCCCAGAGAGAAACGAGUCUUGCUUGUCAAGGGAAAAAAUAUAUUUAUAUGCUAGUUGUGCAUUUUACAUUCCUUGUUAGUUGGACAUUUUGUAUAGUAUUUUAAAGAUACUGGUUUAAAUGUUGUUGCUUCUUGCAAGUAUAUAAAUAAUAAUUGUACAGUACAUUGUAACUAAACCUUAGUUAUCUAGGGUUAAGAUGUAGAGGCUUUGUAUUAUACCAAGGGAUAAAACUGGAGUAUUACAUUUUUCAGAUUUUUUUUCCUUGUAUUUUUGUUGUUUUGCCAAGCAACAACUUGAAGAUGUUA